UUUCUGAGGGCGGCCCCCAAAACGGCUGAAUGAGUAGGCAGAGACCAGGGAAGAGCUGCCUGGGUGUGUGAAAGAGAAAGUCGACGGAGGUUUAGAAGCUGCUUAGAUGCAGAGGUUUGGAACGUAACAAGUUCUGUUUCUGUGAAAUUUCACCACAGUGUUUGGAGACCAAAGUAACUUUUCAACAUGAAGAACCUUUUUGGGUCUGUUGUACUUUUUCACCUGAUGGGGGUUUGUUCGUCCCAGUUUCCUCGCCCCUGUGCCAACUCCGAGGGGCUGCGAACUAAAGAAUGCUGUCCAGUUUGGGAAGGAGACGGCUCGGCUUGCGGAGCUCUGUCAGGCCGUGGGUUCUGCACCGAAGUGCUGGUCUCAGAUGAGCCCAACGGGCCACAGUACCCACAUACUGGGAUUGAUGACAGAGAGCGCUGGCCUUUGGCUUUCUUCAACCGUACGUGUCGCUGUGCAGGAAACUACGGAGGGUUUAACUGUGGAGAAUGCAGGUUUGGGUACUGGGGUGGAAACUGUGCUCAGUACAGGGAAUCAGUGCGCAGGAACAUCAUGACCAUGUCAACUGCAGAGCAGCAGAAAUUCAUUUCUUACCUCAACCUGGCUAAAAACACCAUCAACCCUGACUAUGUCAUUUCCACAGCAACAAGAGCAGAGAUGGGAGAAAAUGGUGAGAACCCCAUGUUCUCUGACAUCAACACCUACGAUCUGUUUGUCUGGAUACACUACUAUGUCUCCAGAGACACCUUCCUGGGGGGGCCAGGGAACGUCUGGAGAGACAUUGACUUUGCCCAUGAAUCUGCAGCGUUUCUGCCCUGGCACAGAGUCUUCCUGCUUCACUGGGAGAAUGAGAUAAGGAAAAUUACAGGGGAUUUUAACUUUACCAUCCCAUACUGGGACUGGAGAAAUGCCCAGACUUGUGAAGUGUGCACUGACGCUCUCAUGGGCGGACGCAACUCCCUCAAUCCCAACCUCAUCAGCCCUGCUUCUGUCUUCUCCUCAUGGAAGGUAAUCUGCUCGAAGCCAGAGGAGUACAACAACCGAGAAGUCCUGUGCAAUGCUAAUGGAGAGGGUCCACUGUUGCGUAAUCCUGGCAACCAUGAUAGAAACCGCGUGCCGAGACUUCCUACAACAGCUGAUGUGGACUUUGCUGUAGGCCUACCUGAGUACGAGACGGGAAACAUGGACCGUUUUGCCAACAUGAGCUUUAGAAACGUCCUGGAGGGAUUUGCCAGCCCAGAGACUGGCCAAGCAGUACCAGGCCAGAGCACCAUGCACAACUCCCUGCAUGUCUUUAUGAACGGCUCCAUGUCCAAUGUCCAGGGUUCAGCCAAUGACCCCAUAUUCCUGUUGCACCAUGCUUUCAUUGACAGCAUCUUUGAGCGCUGGCUCAGGACCCACCAGCCUCUCAGGAGCAGCUACCCACGAGCAAAUGCCCCUAUUGGACACAACGACGAAUACUAUAUGAUACCUUUGCUUCCACUCUACAGAAAUGGAGACUACUUCCUGUCCAACAAGGUGCUAGGAUAUGAGUAUGCUUAUCUGUUAGAUCCAGGCCAGAGGUUUGUGCAGGAGUUUGUGACCCCCUACCUGCAGCAGGCCAGAGAAAUCUGGCAGUGGCUGCUUGGGGCCGGGAUCCUGGGGGCUUUGAUUGCUUCGAUUUUUGCCAUUCUACUAGUCUUCGCAAGAAGGAGGUGGAAGAGAAGCCAGAGAAGGAAGAGGGCAUCGAGUUAUGGAGAGAGGCAGCCACUACUGCAAAGCAGCUCAGAGGAAGGAUCAUCGUCGUACCAAACCACUCUUUAACAAAAACAGACAGUGCAGAAACAGCUGCAGAUGAAUGUUCAAACUAUGUUGAGGAUACUUUCAUUCCAAAAGGCCAAUGGGAUUCAAAACAAAGCAAAUAAUUACAAUGAAUCAGGCAAUAAAUGCAGUUACAGAUCAACCAGUGAAGCCUCAUCAAGGAGAACAAAACAUGAUUUUCACAUCACCUGAAGUAUGUGAGCACUGUUUGAUUUCCAGUAACUUGAGCAGAACUGUUAUUUAGCUCUCCUUUUACUACACUUUUAGAGUAAAUCUAAAUGCAUGGAACAUGUAGGGUGUUAAACUUUAAGUUCACCGAAUUAGGCAGAGUUUAAAAACUGUAAAAUUCCACUGCUGUUAAACUCGUGAACUUGAAGAGUCUCAGAGUCUCCAAGUUACUCCUGGUCAAAAUUGUUGCCUUCCAGAGACAGCGAGUCAUGUGAUUAUGCAGCUCUGCACUCAUCUCAUGAAUAAAUAUUAACCCAUGUUUUGUGAGUUCACAAUGGUGCUUUAAUAAUUCUGCAAAAAGCAAAUAAAGUGUUAAAUUAAUACCCAAACAUAUGGGUCUGAAUGAGUGGUAGUAACAUUAGACUUGAUCGUUCUAAUUUUAUGUGGUGAAAAUGCAUCAAAGUUGAUUUAAAAAGUGUUUCUAGAGAUGAUUAUUUGAAAUAGUAAAAAGGGUCUGAUUUUCACUUUUUUUAAAGUAGGAAUCUGACUGUAAUGUCAUUAA